CGUGCCUGCCGUCUCUGCCCUCUGAGCUGCGGGGGAUCGCCGCCGUCCUCCCGCCGGGGGCUCCCCGAGCCGGGGCGAGAUGGAGCAAUUAUCAGAUGAAGAGCUUGACCAUGGUGCAGAAGAAGACAGUGAUAAGGAAGAUCAGGAUCUGGACAAGAUGUUUGGGGCCUGGCUAGGAGAACUGGACAAACUCACACAGAGUUUGGAUUCAGACAAGCCUGUGGCACCAGUGAAGAGAUCACCUCUCCAUCAAGAAACCAACCUUGCCAACUUCUCAUAUCGUUUCUCCAUGUACAAUUUGAAUGAAGCUCUUAAUCAGGGGGAGACUGUGGAUCUAGAUGCACUCAUGGCUGAUCUCUGCUCCAUAGAGCAGGAACUCAGCAGCAUUGGGUCUCAUUCAGCAAAUAAUACUGCAGUGAAACGCCUUGCCACAGAAUCCAAAGUUCAGAAACCACCUAGUAGCCGUCCUUCUACUAAGCAUGGCAGUAUGAAAGGAUUAUCCUCUUCAUCUGGUAAGGUUACUAAACCAUCACAUGCCAACGUUUCUUUGGAUGACAUCACUGCACAAUUAGAGAAAGCUUCUUUGAGCAUGGAUGAGGCAGCCCAGCAGUCUGUAGCAGAAGAUGCCAAACCAGUAGUUAAUGCCCAGCACAGGAGGACAGCAUCUGCUGGCACAGUGAGUGAUGCUGAGGUGCGCUCAAUCAGUAACUCCUCCCGUUCCAGCAUAACUUCUGCAGCUUCCAGCAUGGACUCUUUGGAUAUCGAUAAGGUGACAAGACCUCAAGAACUGGACUUAACAUCACAAGGGCAACCAAUCACCGAGGAGGAACAGGCUGCUAAAGUGAAAGCUGAGAAGAUUAGAGUGGCGUUAGAGAAGAUUAAAGAGGCACAAGUGAAAAAGUUGGUGAUCAGAGUCCACAUGUCUGAUGACAGCUCAAAAACAAUGAUGGUGGAUGAGAGGCAGACAGUGAGACAAGUAUUAGACAAUCUGAUGGACAAAUCACAUUGUGGUUAUAGUUUAGACUGGUCGUUGGUGGAAACCAUCUCUGAAUUGCAGAUGGAAAGGAUCUUUGAAGAUCAUGAAAAUUUAGUUGAAAAUCUUCUCAAUUGGACGAGAGACAGUCAAAACAAGCUAAUGUUUGUGGAACGUAUAGAGAAAUACGCACUUUUUAAGAAUCCCCAGAACUAUCUCCUGGGGAAAAAAGAAACCUCUGAGAUGGCAGACAGAAAUAAAGAGGUGCUGCUAGAGGAAUGUUUCUGUGGAAGUUCUGUAACUGUGCCAGAAAUUGAAGGAGUUCUGUGGCUGAAAGAGGAUGGUAAGAAGUCUUGGAAGAAACGUUACUUUCUUCUACGAGCUUCAGGAAUCUACUAUGUUCCUAAGGGGAAGGCAAAGGUCUCGCGGGAUCUCGUGUGCUUUCUACAGCUAGAUCAUGUCAACGUUUACUACGGACAGGACUAUCGGAACAAAUACAAAGCUCCCACAGACUACUGCUUAGUGCUGAAGCAUCCUCAGAUCCAGAAGAAAUCCCAGUAUAUCAAGUAUCUUUGCUGUGAUGAUGUAAGAACUCUACACCAAUGGAUCAAUGGCAUCCGCAUUGCUAAGUAUGGGAAGCAACUGUAUAUGAACUAUCAAGAUGCACUAAAGAGAACAGAAUCGGCAUAUGACUGGACUUCCUUGUCUAGCUCCAGUAUCAAGUCAGGCUCCAGCUCAUCUAGUUUGCCAGAAUCUCAAUCAAAUCAUUCUAAUCAAUCUGACAGUGGAGUUUCUGACACCCAGCCAACUGGACAUGUCCGUUCCCAAAGUAUUGUCAGCUCCAUGUUCUCUGAGGCCUGGAAGCGAGGCACGCAACUGGAGGAAUCCAGCAAGGUGCGAAUGGAGCCUGCAGGUCGGCCCUUCAUCUCUGUUGCACCUCCUGUGUCCCCACAGACAAAAGUGGUGACCCCCUAUUCAGCAUCACAGCCAUCCCCCCCCCCCCCCGCCCCCGGGCCUGCCCCUCCUCCGCCGCCACCUCCGCUCCCCAGCCAGGCCGCCCCAUCUGCUGCCUCACCUGCUGCCAUGUUUGUUAAGUACAGCACCAUCACCAGGCUGCAGAAUGCUGCCCAGCACGGUGGGCCUUUUUCCAAGGCCCCUGCUGCUGCACAGCAGCCCCCCCCGGCCCCUCCCUCCUCAGGGAAGGCCCAGGUACGGGUGCCGCCCAAUGGAGUCAUGCCACCUCCCCCCCCCCCUCCUCCUCCCCCCACACCGGGCUCAGCCAUGGCACAACUGAAGCCGGCACCUGUUGCCCCCUCUGUACCACAGUUCACACCUCCACCACCCCCUCCCAAAAUCCAUCAGGUUCAACCAAAUAUAAGUCAGGUGGCUGCUGCUGCCUCACCAUUGCCACCACCUCCUCCCCCUGUGCCUGCCCCACCACCACCCCCAGCACCCCCAAAGCCUCUCAUGACAGCUGUCCCCCCCCCGCCGAGCAGGGAAGCAGCGUCACCAGGGGUCUCACACAUCACCUCCCCUGUGCCAGUUCCCUUGCCUCUUGCAAGUAAGAAACAGCCAAGUGUCACAUCUCCCCAGGUGCCUCCGCUGCCCCCGGCCCCUCUGGGCCCCACUCCUCCCCCAACAUUUCCAAAGCAGCAGAGUUUUUCUAUGAAGCCUCCCCCAUCACCUCAGUCCCCAGUGCCGUCAGUAGUGAAGCAGAUAGUCAGCCAGUUCCCACCUCCUCCCACCCCACCUGCCACUGAGCCCCAGCCUCUGAAACCCCUUCCUUUGAGUGUGGCUCCCCAGUCACCUCCAGCGGUGAAGGCAAAACCCAAAUGGCAGCCUGCCUCUGCUCCCUCACCGGAUUUCCCACCUCCUCCACCAGAGAGCAGCUUAGUGUUUCCUCCUCCGCCUCCUUCCCCAGCUACCUCUGCAGGUUCUCCCCCCCCUGACAAAUCAGGGUCUCCAGUCAAAAAGACCAGCAAGACAUCAAGCCCUGGAGCAAAGAAACCGCCUCCAACACCUCAGCGGAACUCCAGCAUCAAGUCCACCAGCUCCACUGAGUACAGUGAGUCCAAGAGACCUUCAGUGGACCGCCUUGUCAGCAAAUUUGCACACCCACCAGAGCCAUCAGGGUCUCCAUCAAAGGAGUCAUCACCUCCUGUGGCCCCUCCAAAGCCCGGAAAGCUCAAUCUCUCUGGUGUGAGCUUGCCCAUCGUCCUUCCGCAGGGAGGGAUCCCGGCCAAGGCUCUUGCUCCAGGUGUAUCAGGGAAGGAACCUAUGGUUGAGUUUCCUUCUCCGCCGUCGGAUUCAGACUUUCCACCACCACCACCUGAAAUAGAUCUUCCUCUCCCCCCCGUUGAGAUACCAUCUGUGUUUUCAGGCAGCACUUCUCCAAAAGUUGCUGUGGUCAACCCUCAGCCUCAGGCGUGGUCGAAACCAUCAGUUAAAAAAGCUCCACCACCCACACGUCCGAAGCGGAACGACAGCACUCGGCUGACACAGGCAGAUGUCGCAGAGUCACCGGCAACACCUGGCCCCCAAGUGCCCACUUCACCCAAGUCUAGCCUUAGCGUUCAGCCAGGAUUCCUGGCAGACCUCAACCGGACGCUGCAGCGGAAAUCCAUCACCCGGCACGGCUCCCUCUCCUCUGCCCGGAUGUCCAGAGCAGAGCCCACUGCCACCAUGGACGACAUGGCCUUGCCACCGCCCCCACCGGAGCUUCUGGCCGAUCAGCAGAAGACGAGCAGCUUCGGGGGCAGCCACAUAUCUGGCUAUGCAACAUUACGGAGGGGGCCACCCCCCGCGCCUCCCAAGAGGGAUCAGAACACUAAGUUGUCACGGGACUGGUAGUCGGUCACCCGGGGCCGGUGCUCUCCAUGACUUGUGGCUGCUCUGUGACCAGCCAACCCGUGAUGUUGUGCACUUGGAGAGAAUGUGGGGACGUGGAUAAUAGCCCUGUCAAAAGAGGUGAUCUCAAACUGUAGUCAAGGCUAAAGAUAGACAUUCCCCCCUCAUGGCUAGGCCAAAACAGUUGGGGGCAGGGGGUUGUCAGUAUUUUAUUGGGGGAGGUGGGUAGAGAGGUGUUGACUUAACAUUUUCAAUUUCUUUUACCCUUCAUAUGGAUUGGACCAAAAUCCCUUUUUCUUACUUUUUCUGCAUUUGGGGGGGAAGAUAAUUUUUUGUAGUGUCUGUCCAUGUGAGACAUGUUUGUGCAUGUAUUAUAAGUGUAGGUAUAUAAUAUAUUGUGAUAUAUUUCAUUGCAAUUAUAGAAGAUAACCAGAAUGUUUUUGUAGAUCUGUAUUUAUUGUUUCAGUCGCUAUGUUAUUGGGAAUCGGACUCUGUAACCAAUCUGAUUGUAAAGAUGAAACUGUCGGGGGCACUUUAAAGAAAGAAGGAGAAAGGAA